UUUCCCUUUUCCCUUCUUGCCCCAUAGCCAUACAUCAGGUUGAUCUACACAACUUUUAUACAUGAAUCUGAUAUAUAUAAUAACGCCUCGAUUCGUACAAGAAUUCCUCAUGGAGAUCUGCAGGUCACCCCACCUUAGCGAACCCUAGUGGCUUUCUGCCUGAGGCAUCAACUUUUACUCGCUAUCGAUCGGGACAAAGAGCUCGUCGCGGCCUGGCUCGCUAUUUCAGCCUGAGGAUCCGCUCUAUCGGCUCUAGCCUCAUCCGCUAUGCCAUCCCAGUCGUUGUAUCUGUCAGUGGUGAAUUCGAUCCUCCCAUCCGAACCAAAGAUCUUCUCGUCCCAUACAUCGUUUUUCCUCUUUGCUCCCUCCCAUACUAUCUCAUCGACACCCACAGCCCACGCAUCCUUGGCAGUCCCUGGCAGUCCCUAGGAUUCCGACGGUGAAUUACUCUCUGCCAGAUAAAAAGGACUCUAUAAGAACGUCACUCGAUGAAGCACUGCUUGCUCUCACGGCUUGUACGACAGGAUAUAGCUCGUUUAUGCUUCUAAUCUUGUUGCUAGCCUGUAUACCCUUGGAGGACCCCUCGGCGAGUGGUUUUGCAAACAGUGAGUACUUUGACAGGCUUUCAGCGUGCUGGGAGUUUUUUAUGAUACCUUGGAUCUUUGUCGGAUGUGACUUCCUCUUCGUCGUUGAGGUGCAGUACUACGAAUGGGGGCCGUUGGAACACCGUAAUGCUGGAGGUCCAUCUGUUUCCAAGUUGCUCGUUAUCAACAAAGGAGCAUUGAUUUCACCAUUAGCCAAGCUCAUAUGUAUAUACCUUUGUCCUCCGUUUAUCUAAGCACCAGCUCAUAGUGGCCGCAUCAGAAAACGUAAAUGGCACACGAUAAGCCUCCAACAAAGCAGGUACUUGCCCUUCCCAGGCUGUUCCAUACAGAGAUGAGAUGGUCUGUACAUCAUACUCCGUAGGGCUUCCCAGAAUGACGGGGCACAAUAGGAGCACACCCUCUGAAGCCCACCACAAAGCCUGGAGUUUAGCUGAACCAACUUCUCGUACUAAUGGAACCCAAGCUCUACAUACUGUGCUACCAGUAGGUCUGUAACAGUUUCUACCAGUUGUACACGCAGUAUGUAGUGAGUACAAAGUUCCUAUAGACAACCUAGAAGAGUUUAGGGUAUGCCAUCAAGUCUCCAUGAGUGGAACUGGAACGUGUGGAGCAAAACCCCCAAAACAGGCAAGGUCGGGAAG